CUAAACCUGCCCAGAUAUGGAGGGGGUGCCUCGCGCCGUUGAACGAGUAAAAUGCUAAUUGUGUUCAGAAAUAGCAUUUAUAUUGUGUACGAAUGCUAUGUUCCACUCUUGAAAUGGAGACACAUUUGUAUUUCUGCUUUUUAGAAAAUAUUUUAUAGAAAAUGUACCUAAAUGUGUGUUCUCUAUUACAGGUACAUAUUUUCGAAGAUUUCCGUUUUGCUGCAACUGGAUGAAGUGGACUUGUAAGUUGUGCAGGUUUUCCAGUUACAAUGAGAAGGCAAUUGUUAAAACUUGGAUACAUACAGUCGUCUUAAAAAGUCGAAGAAGGGUGAGGUCAACUAUUGUCCAGAUCUCCCUGAAGGAUUGAGCAGUGAUGACAUGGAAGAGAAGCGUCAACAAAUGGAGAUGGAAAUGCCCAAAAAAGACCCUGAUCACCAAUUCAUUGAGGCAUUGAUGACUGAUACCUUUUCUCAGCUUCGGAGAGAGAUCGUUGGAGAUCAGCCACUGAUCACAGAACUAAAGUCCAGAUGGCCAGCUCUGUUCAGUGAGAGACAGAUUCAGGCAGAGUUCAAGAGAAUUGUCACUAUGGACCUGCUGUCAUCGUUUCUGGAUGGACUUGAUGGCCUGGCCCCAACAUUGCUGGAAGUCUACAAAGGUGCAUCCAGGACGGGAAAGAAACCGGCACUAAAAGGCAUUUUGGACUGCCUUGAGAAAGAUAACACAAAUGAGAGGAGGAGGACUGCUGCUCUCUUGGGACUAUCACACUACUUGUCUGGCAAAAAUCAGGCAAAUGUCAUCAGGAUGUGUGAUGCUCAUGGAGACACUCUUGAGGAAGCCAUGAAGGGGAUGCAAGUUGGUCUACUGAUAGGCUACGAAGGUGAACGGGAUGCCUUUCCUCAGCAGAUCUUCAACGUGGCAGUUGUGGUCGAGGAGACCAUCGUGUUCCACAACCUGAAGGAUGUGGCUUGCGGCUUUGCAAUGCUUCUUGGACUGAUUUAUUGCUUGAAUCUUCAGUAUCCUCUGGAAAUGAAGUUUUCCUUUGAGUUCCUCCAGAGGGUUGUCCUGAAGAUACAGCCAGACCAAGCCUCUGCCAAAAUACAAGGCCUAAAAAACAAACUAGCUAGGAGCUAGAUCGUCAAACAGUGUACAGUUCAAUUUGGUGUUCUUCAUUUGUAUGUUAUUUUUGCCUCUACAGUGACAUGUUUUUUAAAAAUAAAAAUGUUUUAGGUUAGUGAGAAUUCCAUUAAUGUUUGAAAUGUCACGAAGAAACUU